GAGAGCGCGCGCGAGAGAGAGAGACCACUGGACUCCAUUAACACAAAACCCUUCAGGAGCUCCGCCGCUGGACUUUGGCGAUUUGUCCUUCUCCUUUUGGGAACCUUCCUCAUGAUUGGAUUACAUACGCGGUCGAAGGAAAGAAAACGCGUAGCCUGUUGAAGCUCCGGGGACCGAAGUGGUGUUUUGCGGAUUUGUCUCGGCGUGUUUGUGAAGGAUGGCGUUGGACGGUAUACGGAUGCCGGAUGGCUGCUACGCAGACGGGACCUGGGAGCUGAAGAUGCAUGUCACUGACCUCAACCGGGACGUGUCUCUCAGAGUCACCGGGGAAAUCCACAUCGGCGGUGUGAUGCUCAAACUCGUGGAGAAGCUCGAUGUGAAGAAGGACUGGUCAGAUCACGCGCUGUGGUGGGAGAAGAAGAAGACCUGGCUGCUAAAGACGCACUGGACGCUGGAUAAAUACGGCAUUCAGGCCGACGCCAGGCUGCUCUUCACGCCGCAGCACAAGCUGUUGCGCCUGCAGCUGCCCAACAUGAAGCACAUGAGGGUGAAGGUCAACUUCUCUGACCGCGUCUUCAAGGCCGUGUCCGACAUCUGCAAAACCUUCAUCUGCAUGGUAACGCUUUCCAUUUCCUCCAAACUGUUAAUCUCUUUAAUCUAUCCUUUCAUUCCCCCUCUUUCUCUUUGUUUUUUCUUUUCUACAUUUCCUCCCAUUCCUCAAGCCUCUGAGAUACUAUACAUUGGACCAGUAAAAGGAAGCAUCUAUUCUAGUCCUGGACUUUACAGCAAGACCAUGACACCUACCUAUGACUCUCGGGACGGCAGCCCUCUGUCCCCCACCACAGCGUGGUUUGGAGACAGUCCGCUGUCAGAAGGCAAUCCCAGCAUCCUCGCUGUCAGCCAGCCCAUCUCCUCACCUGACAUUCUGGUCAAGAUGUACAAACCACAGUCCCUCCUGGACAAGGCCAAGAUCAACCAGGGGUGGCUGGACUCCUCCAGAUCACUGAUGGAGCAGGAUGUGAAGGAGAACGAGGUUCUUCUGCUCCGGUUCAAGUACCACAGCUUCUUUGACCUCAACCCAAAGUAUGAUGCCAUCAGGGUGAACCAGCUGUAUGAGCAGGCCAAGUGGGCCAUCCUGCUGGAGGAGAUUGAAUGCACCGAGGAGGAGAUGAUGAUGUUUGCCGCCCUGCAGUACCACAUCAACAAGCUGUCCAUCAUGUCUUCAGACAAUCACAUGAACAACAGUGAGAAGGAGGUCGAUGAGGUUGAUGCAGCUCUGUCAGAUCUGGAGAUCACUCUCGAGGGAGGAAAGACGUCCAACACGCUGGGUGACAUCACAUCCAUUCCUGAACUGGCUGACUACGUGAAAGUCUUCAAACCAAAGAAACUCACUCUGAAAGGAUACAAGCAGUACUGGUGCACGUUCAAGGACAUCACAAUCUCCUGCUACAAGAGCCGCGAGGAGGCCCACGGCACGCCGGCGCACCAGAUGAACCUGAGAGGCUGUGAAGUCACACCAGAUGUGAACAUUUCCGGUCAGAAAUUCAACAUCAAGUUGCUAAUUCCUGUAGCAGAUGGUAUGAACGAGAUCUGGCUGCGGUGUGAUGCUGAGAAGCAGUACGCUCAGUGGAUGGCGGCUUGCCGUUUGGCCUCCAAAGGGAAGACGAUGGCAGAUAGUUCCUACAACUUGGAGGUCCAGAACAUUCUGUCCUUCCUGAAGAUGCAGCACAUGAAUCCUGAUCCUCAGAUCAUAGAGCCCAUCACCACCGACAUCAACCCUGAGUGCCUGGUGUCUCCACGAUACCUGAAGAAGUACAAGAACAAGCAGGUAAAUGAGAGACCGGUCUGCUGCUGCAGCACAGAAUACAGACAGACACUGAUGGCAGAGAGCUGCAGGGCGGCCGGUCAAGACACGUAUAUACUAAUACAUAGUAAUAAACAGCAAUAUGUUUACACAUAUUUAUUUACUAAUGCAUACAUCAGCAUCUGCUCUGCUCUCACGCAGGUGACGGUGGAGUUUGCAGACGAGCCCAGUCUGGCGUUCAUCUGUGCCGAGGUGGACUGCAAAGUGGUGCACGAGUUCAUCGGCGGCUACAUCUUCCUGUCCACGCGUGCCAAGGACCAGAACGAGUCUCUAGACGAGGAGAUGUUCUACAAGCUGACCAGCGGCUGGGUCUGAGCGCUGCAACACUCACUCUUUCACACCUCCUCCUCUUCUUCUUCAUCUUCAUCUCUUUUUAACCACUCCAUUGUGGCCGCAUCAUAACUGUUUUGUUUUUUGUUUUAUUCUGUUUAUGCGCAUGAACGCGUUCAAAACACUAGCAGACAUGAAGCUCUGUUUCAGCAGAGCCGUUUACUGCUUCCCUCCAGAAGUGAUUUGAGAGUUUGAGAUGAAGCGAUAGUAGCUUACUGUUAUACACGUCCUAUAUCUAUGACCUUUGACCCUAAAGUAGAAAUACACCAGCUUGGCGCACAGCAACAAAUGCCGGUUAUUUAUUUGUCACUAAUUUACGUCGUCUCUGGGUAGCUGUCGAAUGUGCGGUGCUCGUUUGUGCCUGUUAAUCUUUAAUGAUAACUCACUUUAAAGUGACGUCUUAGAGACACUAGAGAAGGAAAUGUUACACUAGCUUUAACGCUGCUGCUUCCGAACGCUAUCGACCGAUGAGUAAAGAUGCUAAGCUUCAGCUCCGCAGUCUUCAGUUUGGUCCUUUCUAAGCACUUGGAAGAUAAGCUGUCGCUUGAAGGUUCGUGUGUUCAACACUACAUUACAUGUAAUGAGACAUAUUUUUUU